GUGAAGGAGAGAGGGAGAAAUCUUUUAGAGCCAGGGUGUGAGGGGUUGUGUUGAACAUGGUUGAGUAUUUUACUUUAUCAUUGGGCUUCCACAAAUACUGUUCUUUCGCACUUCAUUGGCAUGAUUCUGACAUUAAUGCUGUUGAGAUCAGUGACUCUGUCACAACCACCUCCUGACUCAGUCACCCCCAGGGCCACAUAGAUUCUCUCCUAUCAGAAGUUGAUUGGCAAGCUGUGGAAAUGAUUUAAUGCCGUUUGACUUCAAAAUGUCUGGGCACUGUCUUCUAUGUGCCAUAUCAAGUAGUGGAACAAGCAGUUACUACAUCACUUCGAAGGAGCAGGGGAAAUUGCCAAGCGUGUUCUCAUGUUACAGCUUUGGAGCAAUGCUGCCCAAUACCACAGAUGAUGGAGAUAUAUUGUGGGUUGUUGGUGGUGCAAACCCUUAUGGAUGCGUUCCCCAAGCGUGUUCUCAUGUUACAGCUUUGGAGUAAUGCUGGCCAAUACCACAGAUGAUGGAGAUAUAUCAUGGGUUGUCGGUGGUGCGGAACCCCUUAUGGAUGCGCGUAUGGUGAAAAGAGUGGUAAUGAAAUGGGUGGUUCUUUGGCAGUGGGGCACCCCAUUGUAUGCCAUGCAUCCAUUUCAUAAGAGUGUCCUUGUUGAAUGCUUUGAUCGACAGCAUCAACGUGCAGUAAUCCCUGUUGGAGGGAUGUAUGGCGUCCAAAGCCUACAUACAUAUUCCGUCUGCUUUUACUCUCUGAUGUGGAAUAUUUGUAUUACCAGUACGGAGGGGAAUGGUGGGACUGCAGAGAAGAGUUUUGCAGUCUUCCUUUUUUUGAGGGUGUGGCCAGGAUGGAUGGUCAUGUGCUCCAAAUGGUUGCUGUGAAUGCAAGUGAUGAUAUUGGCUGCACAUGAUUCGGCAAUUCCAGAAGAGUUGGGUUGAAAACAGAGAUGUCGCCAAAUUUCUUUUUCUGCAUUUUGUCCUUACCAAUCAGGCUGGUCCUUUUAAUGCCAGGCGAGUCCGUGAGGAGAAGAGCGGAGAAAAAUUUAGGAUGAGAAGAGAAUAGGAAAUGUAGGAUGGAGAGAAAUGUAGGAGAAAAAGAGGAGAGGCAUAAGAAUGAUGAGAGAACUCCUGAUCUCCUCAGAGCAGCUUGUUGCCAGAUGAAAGAACAACAGUGGCAAGAGUGUCUGCAUCACUUUUUUUGCUAAAAUGCCGGUUCGUGGGAUAUUUGCCCACAAAUUUGUAAGAUGAAUUC